AUGCCAGUUCUAGACGGGCUUCGCCAUGGCGAGCCGGUCGACGGCAGCGCCAGCCCCAGCUUCCAUGCCGAACCUACUACUACGCGACAAAAGAUUGUAAUUGUUGGAUUGGGAAUGGUUGCCAUCUCAUUGAUUGAGAAAGUGAUUAAGCAGGAUACGGCCCGCCGAUACGAUAUCCUGGUUAUUGGAGAAGAGCCGCACAUCGCAUACAACCGUGUAGGACUCUCAACAUACUUUGAGCACCGUAAGAUUGAGGAUCUAUACCUCAAUCCCAAAGAAUGGUACGGAUCAUUCAAAGAGCGCGCUUUCGAUCACCAUCUCAACACCCGAGUUACCGAGAUCGAUUCCAAGAACAAGACCGUUCUAACAUCAACCGGAGAAACGAUUUCAUAUGAUAUUCUCGUUCUUGCUACUGGCUCCGAUGCCGUCCUCCCCACCAACACCCCUGGCCAUGAUGCCAAGGGCAUUUUCGUAUACCGCACAAUUCAAGAUCUCGAAAACCUCAUUGACUUUGCAUCCAAACACAAGGGUCAAACGGCUGUCACGGUCGGAGGAGGUCUGCUUGGCCUAGAAGCCGCCAAGGCUAUGACGGAUCUAGAGGAUUUCGGCAAUGUCAAACUGAUUGAUCGCAACAAGUGGGUCUUGGCCCGGCAACUAGACGCUGACGCCGGCUCUUUGGUUACUCGCAAGAUUCGGGAGUUGGGUCUCGAUGUGCUCCACCAGAAGCGGGUCAAGGCCGUCAACACAGACGCGGAUAACAACGUGGUGGGUAUGACAUUUGAGGAUGGUGAGGAGAUUGAAUGCUGCUGCAUUUGCUUCGCGAUCGGCGUAAAACCCAGAGAUGAACUCGGCCAAUCAGCCGGUAUCCAGUCGGCUUCAAGGGGUGGCUUUGUCAUUGACGAAAGCCUUCAAACAUCCGUACCUGGAAUCUACGCCGUCGGCGAAUGCGCCAGCUGGGAGAACCAGACAUUCGGUAUCAUUGCGCCCGGUAUCGAAAUGGCCGAUGUCCUCGCCUACAACCUCACAAACCCCGACAAGGAGCAGAAGCGCUUCACUCGCCCCGAUCUCAGCACCAAGCUGAAGCUGCUUGGAGUUGAUGUUGCCUCGUUUGGAGAUUUCUUUGCCGAUCGAGAUGGGCCCAAGUUCCUCCCCGGUCGUCGUCCCUCGGUCAUCGACGGUGUCAACACAGAAGCACCCCGUGAGAAGGAACCUCCCGUAAAGGCAUUGACAUACAAGGAUCCAUUUGGCGGAGUGUACAAGAAGUACCUCUUCACCAUGGAUGGCAAAUUCCUCCUAGGAGGCAUGAUGAUCGGCGACACCAAGGACUACCUCAAAUUGAACACGAUGGUCAAGAGUCAGAAGGAACUGGAGGUGCCACCAAGCCAAUUUAUUCUUGGGGCACAGAGCGAUGGCGAGGAGAAUGCUGAUGACCUUGAUGAUAGCGUGCAAAUUUGCUCCUGUCAUAACGUGACCAAGGGCGAUGUGGUUGAGUCUGUCAAGAACGGAACUUGCAAGACCAUGGGUGAAGUCAAGUCCUGCACCAAGGCUGGUACCGGUUGUGGUGGCUGUCUGCCUUUGGUGCAAUCCAUCUUCAACAAGACCAUGCUCGAAAUGGGACAAGAGGUGUCAAACCACUUGUGCCAACAUAUCCCCUACUCCCGUGCCGAUCUAUACAACAUUGUCGCUAUCAAGCAGCUGAAGACCUUCCCCGAGGUGAUGAAAGGUGCCGGCAAGAACCCCGAUUCCUUGGGUUGUGAACUGUGCAAGCCUGCCAUUGGCUCAAUCCUGUCCAGUCUGUUCAACCCACACGUCAUGGACAAGGGAUAUAACGAUCUCCAAGACACCAACGACAAGUUCCUCGCCAACAUCCAAAGAAACGGCACAUUCUCCGUCGUGCCUCGAGUACCAGGUGGAGAGAUCACCGCCGAUAGGCUAAUUGCCAUUGGAUCCGUCGCCAAGAAAUACGGACUUUACUGCAAGAUCACCGGUGCCCAGCGCAUUGAUAUGUUCGGAGCAAAGAAGCAGGAUCUUCUGGCCAUCUGGACCGAGCUUGUGGACGCUGGUAUGGAGAGUGGUCAUGCGUAUGCCAAGGCUCUCCGUGCUAUCAAGAGUUGUGUCGGUACUACCUGGUGUCGAUUUGGUGUUGGUGACAGUGUCGGCAUGGCCAUUCGAUUGGAGGAGCGAUACAAGAGUAUUCGCGCACCUCAUAAGUUCAAGGCCGCUGUGUCGGGUUGUGUACGAGAGUGCGCCGAGGCACAGAACAAAGAUUUCGGUCUUAUCGCGACCGACAAAGGUUUCAAUAUCUAUGUCGGAGGUAACGGUGGUGCUAAGCCUCGGCACUCUGAGCUGCUUGUUACGGAUGUACCUCCUGAGAUGGUUAUGCCCAUCAUUGAUCGCUACUUGAUCUUCUACAUUCGCACAGCAGACAAGUUGCAAAGAACCGCCCGUUGGAUCGAGAACUUGCCUGGUGGCAUCAGCUAUCUGAAGGAAGUUAUUAUCGAUGAUAAGCUGGGUAUCUGCGCCGACAUGGAGCGACAGAUGCAGGAGCUUGUUGACAGCUACUUCUGCGAGUGGACUGAGACUGUCCGGGAUCCAAAGCGACGAAAGACCUUCCAGCAAUUCGCCAACACGGACGAAACCGUUGAAACGGUCGAAGUGAUCAAGGAACGUGCCCAGAGCCGCCCCACAUACUGGCCCGCGACCUCAGCGCAAGAAGACUUCAAGGGCCAUCAGUGGACAAGCCUUGCAUGGCAGCCAGUUGUCAAAUCGGAUCACUUCUCAGACGAGCCUCCACAAGUCUCAUCGGCGAAUGUCAAGCGAGGAGAUACUCAACUCGCCGUAUUCAAGAUCAAGGGCAAGUUCUACGCGACGCAGCAGAUGUGCCCCCAUAAGCGAGCAUUCGUUCUUUCGGACGGUCUGAUCGGCGAUGACGACGCUGGCAAGUACUGGGUUUCAUGCCCGUACCACAAGCGCAACUUCGAGCUCAAUGGCGAACAAGCCGGGCGAUGCACCAACGAUGAGAGCAUGAACAUCGCUACUUUCCCCGUGGAAGAAAGAGACGACGGGUGGGUCUACGUCAAGCUACCUCCCAUCGAGGAGCUGGACUCCGUUCUCGGAACGGAGAAGUGGAAGGUCAAGAAGGGAGAAGCUCCAGACCCGUUCCAGAAGCUGGACAAGCGGUACAAGGGCAUGAAGGGCAAGAAAGUGGCCGAGGGUGAAGGCGUUUCCAAAUCGCUAGCUCAGCCAGCGAAGGGUAUUGACUGGUAG